AUGUUCGUGUGGGCUGUGGGUUAUGCGCGAUACAAAUUAACCAGGCCCAGUGUUACUUCGCCAAAUGUUGCCGAUGAAGAGAACGCGCAGUGGGCUGAAAGGGUGCGGGAAACCGAAGCUGCGAAAGAGGAGGCAAAACGGAAGGAGAAGAUCGCUGCGGAAGAGUACAGGAAGCAUGCGGAAUGUGUUGUCAGCCUGAAACGGAAUGUGGCUGAACUCGAAGAAAAAUUAACAGUGACGUUGGAAAAACUUGACAUCAGCCGGCAGACAUUGGUCAGAUUCCGUUACUAUUAA